AUGGAGGAGUUAGCACGCUUGGGAGAUGGCGCGCUGCUGGCGAUAGGCGGCGCAGAUGACGCGCAGCCGAUGGACGUCGAUGAAGAAGCAAACGAUUACGACGAUGAUUUGAUAGAGGAAGAAAUGUUGGCGCUGUGCAUGCUGAUGAACAUCCUGCUGAUGGUGUCCCUGAGCCAAUUGGACGGAAGAUCAAUUCAAGGGCCUAUUCAGGAGCACGUUGUCAUUCAAACAGACUUUUUUCCCAAGCUGAAAGCGCGGCGUUCUCCUACCGCCUACAAGAAGACGUUGCGGUGCCUGUCAGAUUCCAUUGAUGGGCUACGCUAUUGGCAUACUACGGGAAUGGCUGUGGUAUUGACGGGGAUGGAAUUGUUGGAGCUGCAGCACAGUUAG